AUGUCUGAUUCUGUCGUGGAAAAGGCAUCCGUGACCGAAAGGCAUCGUGACACAGCAUACGAUCCAGCAGCAAACCAGGCACAAAAUGAGACUGUUUAUGAUCCGCCAGCGGGCUCCGUGGACAACACGAACAACGAUGUCCCAUUGACUCCCACACGGGUAGAAGAGCAACCUACAGAGCAGAACGAGUUCAUGAGUGGAUGGAAAUUAUACAUGCUCACAGCAGGAAUCUGGAUAUCUCUAUUUCUGUCUACUUUGGAGACGACAAUUGUUAGCACAUCUUUGAUCGCAAUAUCAGAUUCACUGAGCGGGUUCGAGCUUCGAAAUUGGGUCGUGACGGCAUAUUUCCUCACGUAUACUGGUUUUCUGGUAAUUUAUGCAAAGUUGGCCAGUAUCUUCGGGUCGAAAACAAUGUUCAUCUUCGCUUUGACAAUGUUCACGGUAUUUUCAAUUGGCUGUGGAUCUGCAAGUACCAUGGAGCAAUUGAUUAUUCUGCGUGCAUUCCAAGGAAUAGGUGGUUCAGGCAUCUACUCAAUGGUGCUAGUCAUUGCGCCAGCACUCGUUCCUAAGACAGAGUAUGGAAAAUACAUCGGCAUUAUCUCCUCCGUCUUCGCCCUCGCUAGUAUCACUGGUCCUCUUGUUGGCGGUGCCAUUUCUAGCAGCACAUCAUGGAGAUGGGUAUUUAUGCUGAACGGACCCCCUGGCUUUGUGGCCAUCCUCCUAGUUGCAAUAUUCUUGCCAGCCAGCAAGCCGGAACGUACCAUGGACUUCAAAACUAGAAUGAAAGCCAAGUUCUCUGGAGAAACAACUCGACGUGUUGACUUCGUCGGAGCUGGUUCACUACUGGGCGCUUCUGUGCUUCUAGUCUUCGCUCUCGAGUCAGGCGGUACACGUUACGCUUGGGAUAGCUCGGCCAUAUCGUCUACCUUCAUCUUUUCAGGCAUUCUAUGGAUAGUUUUCAUAGUCUGGGAGAUUCGUCUAGAGCGGAAGAAGAAUAUGCCUCAGGAGCCCAUCUUCAUUAUGGGUCUUCUGAAGGAUCGCCAAUUGGCCAGUAUGAUGUUCACGACUUUCUUCAUCGGCUUCCCCUUCGUCACCAUUCUCUUCAUCAUUCCACAAAGGGCCCAAGACGUCUAUGGCCUGAACCCAGUACAGUCAAUUUUAUCUGUCCUUCCAUUGCUGCUCAUCUCGCCAUUUGCCACAGCAAUCUCUGGAGUGUUGACAUCAAAUUACAACGUACCCCCAGCAUACCUCAUCCUCAUUGGGUCUGUCAUCCAGCUUAUCGGAGUCGGUCUUUCAAUUAGCAUUCCGCUCACUGGCGACCACAUUUCCGCCUCGCAGUAUGGCUUCGAGGCCGUCAUGGGAGUUGGCUUUGGGUUGACACUCAGCACAGUCCUGACUCUAGGGCAGCUUAUUGUCAGCAAAGAGAACGCUGGAAUCGUGAUGGGAGCUCUGACUCAGAUUCGCGUCCUUGGCGGGACUAUUGCACUAGCAAUUUGCUCUGCAGUGCUUUCAAGUGACUUGAGGGCGGGGCUUGCAGGACUUAUCAAGCCUGACGAGCUCGGCCAAAUCGCCGAAUCCCUGUCAUCGAUCAACGAUUUGGACCCGGAGCGAGCCGCUGCAUGGAUUAGCUCUGUUGGCAGCAUUGUUCUUAUUUAG